GAAGUGACUUGGCUAAAAUGUCUUGUGCUGCCUUUAGUUCCUAGUGGCUGGGAGCAGCCAGGGAGUGGCUAGUUGACCACACACUAAGAGACUGCUUACAGACUAAUUUUGCAUGGCUUUCAGUGUAAGAGAAAGCAAAUUAGUGAGCUUCUCUGUUUCUCUAUGCUGCCGUAUAAGCACCUAGCAACCUUGCUCGGUGCUCCUUUUUAGUUUGGGAUUCAGUUUGGUCCUGAUAGGCAGGUUUGAUGGAUGCUUGCUUCACCCACUGGAUGUCAGCGGCUGUUUUGCUUGCUGAUGCAGUGACUGAGGGACUUUGGAAUUUGGUGUUUUGUUAUUUUUGGGAUUCCACUGACACCCUGUUCUCCUUCACUCGUCCCAUCCCAUUGUGGGCAUCUAUUUUUCCGGCUAUCGAGCAUCUCCAUCUGACCCUGUCUGGACACAGCCCUCAUUCUUUCGUUACAGCUUUCCCCGGACCCUCGUGUGCUUACCCCUCCUAAAUGGGGGGACCAAUAGGAAGAAAUAUGAUCCUCUGUUUUGUGGUGUGUUUGGGGCAGCAGCAACACUGUGUGGUUUCCAUGGAAAAGGCCAGAGAAAUAUGACACUGAGGGGCUGCGUGAAUUCUCUACCCCUAUGUCUCUGGUCCAAGUGAAUUUGAAGCCAGCUAGCGUAGCACUACAAGCUCCGCCCUGGAACUCCUUGUUCAGACUCUUCUCAUGUGUAGCCACAAGGAGCGUGCACAGGACUAAAGAGGUCCCCACAUUUCAAGAGAAGACGAAAGCCUUAUUGGGAAAUCUUAUGGACGAAGAAAUGAGUCGCCAGACUGCCACCGCGCUGCCCACAGGAACUUCCAAGUGCCCCCCCUCCCAGCGCGUGCCCACCCUGUCAGGCACCACAGCCUCUAACAGUGACCUGGCCAGCCUGUUUGAGUGCCCUGUCUGCUUCGACUAUGUCCUACCCCCCAUCCUGCAGUGCCAGUCCGGACACCUGGUGUGCUCCAACUGCCGGCCCAAACUCACCUGCUGCCCCACCUGCCGAGGCCCCCUGGGCUCCAUCAGGAACCUGGCCAUGGAGAAGGUGGCUAACUCUGUCCUCUUCCCCUGCAAGUACGCCUCAUCGGGCUGCGAAGUCACCCUGCCUCACACCGACAAGACGGAGCACGAAGAGCUGUGCGAGUUUCGGCCGUACUCCUGCCCCUGCCCCGGCGCCUCCUGCAAGUGGCAGGGCUCCCUGGAUGCUGUCAUGCCGCACCUGAUGCACCAGCACAAGUCCAUCACCACACUGCAGGGAGAGGACAUUGUGUUCUUGGCCACGGACAUCAACCUGCCGGGCGCGGUGGACUGGGUAAUGAUGCAGUCCUGCUUCGGCUUCCACUUCAUGCUGGUGUUGGAGAAGCAGGAGAAGUACGACGGCCACCAGCAGUUCUUCGCCAUCGUGCAGCUCAUCGGUACUCGCAAACAGGCAGAGAACUUCGCCUACCGGCUGGAGCUCAAUGGACACCGGCGCCGCCUGACCUGGGAGGCCACGCCGCGCUCCAUCCAUGAGGGCAUCGCCACGGCCAUCAUGAACAGCGACUGCCUGGUGUUCGACACGUCCAUCGCACAGCUGUUCGCCGAGAACGGCAACCUGGGCAUCAACGUCACCAUCUCCAUGUGCUAAGAACUUUGACAGAGAAGAGGGUCAAAAAGUUACAGAUUGUCAGGGGGCAUUUAUUUAGGGGGUCAAAUCAGUUGUGACCUCACAGCGCCCCCCUCCUUCUCUGCCUCACCCCUAGAGACAUGGAACUGGACUGUCUGAUCGGGCAGCCGUGGAGGCCCAGGGGGUGGGAUGGAUGCAUGGAUGGAUGGAUGGAUGAAUGGAUGGAUGGAUGAGUGGAGGACAUAACCGGACAUAACCGUGUAGUGAUGGCUAUAGACUUCUAAACACACACAUAUAAACAUAUAUGUGAGACUCCUGCGCGCACAUGCAGUCUCACCCUCUCUUGGUCAUAAACACGGACACAAACUGAGAAGCUGUUCAGUCAAGCUCACCUGUCAAACUCUCGUUUCUUGGUCAUGUCUCUCUCUUGGAGUGAUUUCCCUCCAUCUUCCUCUUAUUUUAGUGUCUCUCUCUCUCUCUUCUCUUCCACUCAGUCAUCCUCAGACAUUUCAGACACUACAGCUCUCCAGCUUUUGCUCCAAGACACUGGAGGCUGGUCACCACUGAGCAGAACUAUAUUUCCACGCGGACUCCUGGUCAGUGCUAGGUAGCUAGCCAGCUAUCUAGCUUCCCCUUCCGUCUGUAAUCCACCUCAGUACCUGUCAGACCUCCUGGAUCAAAUGGUUCACACGUUACCGACACUUGUAGGGCUAGGACUGCAGCUGUGGCUGGUAUUCACUAGCUAAAACUGGAACUAGAAGUCCAUGAAAACUUCUAGUUCCUUAUUACAGAUUUGGAUAUUUAUUUUCUCCUGUGACUGACAUGGAUGUGGACGGCUGGGACUGGAACCGUCACCCACAGGCAUGGAUGGCAGUAGCACGCAGUACCACCCAGUUUCGUCCAGGACUGGAACCUCUGAUCUGCAAGGGUCCAUGGAUGUCCGUCUGCAUCUGCGAUGUGCAACAUCCGUGCAGGCUCGUCGGGUUUCCUUCCGGUCCACACCGGUCCACCCCAAGGCUAAAGAUUGUGCAUCGGACGCUCUUUAAAUAGCUGACUGUCAUUGUUGAUAGUUAUUAGACUCUCAUACUGUAUGGAUUUAAAAAGGCCCUCAGCUACAUCAGCCGUGGAUGUUUGUUUUUUUUUCAUUUUUUCAUAGAGUGGACACAACAGUGGCGUUGUGAUGCACACACACGCACGCACACACACACACUUAGUCUUUGCAUUACCGGCUGUGUGUUCAGGUGUAAUAGUGGACGAAUUGAGUGUGUGUCGGAGCAUUUGUUUGUUUUGUUUGUUUUUCACAACGAGGAAAAAAAACACACUGCAUUUCAGUUGAUUCAGAGUUUUCUUUUGGGGUUUAUUCUUAAGUCUGUUUCUUUUUAAUUAUUUUAGUUGUCUCUUUUUUUGUAUGAGAGGAGAGAAGAACUCCUGGUGUAUGUGUUUUGUGUGUGUGUGUGUGUGUUUGUGUGUGUGUUCACGUGUGUGUGAGAGAUGGACAUUUGGCAAGAAGCCCGCUCUUCUUCUCUCUUUCCUCUGUCCCCUGCUCUUCUUUCAUUUCUACUCUGCCUCCUUCUCACUCUGUCUGCCAGCGUCGGCCUCAACCACUGACUGACUGACUGAUCACCCAACCAGGAAUGAGGGACAGUUUCUACCGUUACAAUGUUGCUAUUGUUAUUAUUAAAUGGAGAUUAUCAUAAUUAUCAUUUUUUGUAAUGACUUUUAAAAACAAAAGUUAAAAGGCAGUUGUAAAACUUGUGGCUAAACUUCAGUGUUUGUAGUUAAAAAGCAAGUUGUGUCGUUCUUCUGAAGGUUUGUUUUUUGUUUUUGUUUUUUUGUUUUUUUCCAGAGUUGGAAUUGUUUUUCAUCUAUUUGUCUCUCUGUCCUUUUGUUUGUGUGGUAAGUCAUUUCUUUCUUUCUUUCUUUCUUUUUUCUUUGUUUGUGAGGAGGGAGGGAGGUCAAGCCAAUCAUCUCUCCCUUUCUCUUCGUGUGGAGUCUCAGUCAUGUUGCUGCUCUCCCUCAACUCCCUGACUUUUUUUCUGUUUUAAUUUGUCAUUAAAUAAAUCUAUCUUU